AUAAAGAGAAUACGGAUCAUUCAUUUUCUAAAUAUAAAGCAACAAACAAUCAAAAGAUUUUCUUAUAUCCCUUCUAAAAUAGUUCUAUUUCAUCUGAUAUUUCGUUAUGUUCCUUAGUAAUGCUAAUAUAACUGCUCACGUGAUUUGAAAUAAAGUACCUAAGAAUAUCUUCUCUGUAAGAUAUGCAAGAAAGACAAAAAAUUUCAUUUGUUCCAUCUAGGAAUCUCUAAGUGAAAUAUGAAUAGACUAGGUUGCACAAAAAAUUCUUUAACUUCAUUAAAUUCAAAGUUCAGAAAAGGUUUUAGAAUUAAAAAAAAGGGUCCGUUGAGCGCCUUACUACUAUGUCAUAAUAGAUCCGAACACUUGCCCCGGAUUAACUUCCGGAUCAUAAUUGUUCUAGUGAAUAACUAAAGAAAAUAUAGAAUAAAUAGAUGGGAGAUAGAAGAGAAAGUUAUUCAAUAUAAACAUCUCUCAUAAGUUCACUAAUUAUGUUUUAUGUUGGCGGGUCUCUUUGUAUGUGUUGUCCGGAAAGAGGAGGACUCAAUGAUUAUUCGUUCGCCGGAACCAAAAGUCAAAAUUUUGGUAGAUCCAGAAGUCAAAAUUUUGGUAGAUAGGGAUCCCAUAAAAACUUCUUUCGAGCAAUGGGCAAAGCCUGGUCAUUUCUCAAGAACAAUAGCUAAGGGACCUGAUACUACUACUUGGAUCUGGAACCUACAUGCUGAUGCUCAUGAUUUCGAUAGCCAUACUAGUGAUUUAGAGGAGAUUUCCCGAAAAGUAUUUAGUGCUCAUUUCGGCCAACUCUCCAUUAUCUUUCUUUGGCUGAGUGGCAUGUAUUUCCAUGGUGCUCGUUUUUCCAAUUAUGAAGCAUGGCUAAAUGAUCCUACUCACAUUCGACCUAGUGCCCAGGUGGUUUGGCCAAUAGUAGGCCAAGAAAUAUUGAAUGGUGAUGUAGGCGGAGGUUUCUGCGGAAUACAAAUAACUUCUGGUUUUUUUCAGAUUUGGCGAGCAUCUGGAAUAACUAAUGAAUUACAACUCUAUUGUACUGCAAUUGGUGCAUUGGUCUUUGCAGCCUUAAUGCUUUUUGCUGGUUGGUUUCAUUAUCACAAAGCUGCUCCAAAAUUGGCUUGGUUCCAAGAUGUAGAAUCCAUGUUGAAUCACCAUUUGGCAGGGCUACUAGGACUUGGGUCUCUUUCUUGGGCGGGGCAUCAAGUACAUGUAUCUUUACCAAUUAACCAAUUUCUAAAUGCUGGAGUAGAUCCCAAAGAGAUCCCACUUCCUCAUGAAUUUAUCUUGAAUCGGGAUCUUUUGGCUCAACUUUAUCCAAGUUUUGCCGAAGGAGCAACCCCAUUUUUUACCUUGAAUUGGUCAAAAUACGCGGACUUUCUAACUUUUCGUGGAGGAUUAGAUCCACUAACUGGGGGUCUAUGGCUGACCGAUAUUGCACAUCAUCAUUUAGCUAUUGCAAUUCUUUUUCUCAUUGCCGGUCAUAUGUAUAGAACUAAUUGGGGUAUUGGUCAUGGUAUAAGAGAUAUUUUAGAGGCCCAUAAAGGUCCAUUUACAGGCCAAGGUCAUAAAGGUCUAUAUGAGAUCCUAACAACGUCAUGGCAUGCUCAAUUAUCUAUUAACCUAGCUAUGUUAGGCUCUUUGACCAUUAUUGUAGCUCACCAUAUGUAUGCUAUGCCUCCUUAUCCAUACCUAGCUACUGACUAUGGGACACAACUGUCAUUGUUCACACAUCACAUGUGGAUUGGGGGAUUUCUCAUAGUUGGUGCUGCUGCACAUGCAGCCAUUUUUAUGGUAAGAGACUAUGAUCCAACUACUCGAUACAACGAUCUAUUAGAUCGUAUUCUUAGACAUCGCGAUGCAAUCAUAUCACAUCUCAACUGGGUGUGUAUAUUUUUAGGCUUUCACAGUUUUGGUUUGUAUAUUCAUAAUGAUACCAUGAGUGCUUUAGGGCGCCCUCAAGAUAUGUUUUCUGAUACCGCUAUACAAUUACAACCAGUCUUUGCUCAAUGGAUACAAAAUACCCACGCUUUAGCACCUGGUACAACGGCCCCUGGUGCAACAGCAAGCACCAGUUUGACUUGGGGCGGUGGUGAUUUAGUGGCAGUGGGCGGCAAAGUAGCUUUGUUACCUAUUCCAUUAGGAACUGCAGAUUUUUUGGUACAUCAUAUUCAUGCAUUUACAAUUCACGUGACGGUAUUGAUACUCCUAAAAGGAGUUCUAUUUGCUCGUAGCUCACGAUUGAUACCGGAUAAAGCAAAUCUUGGUUUUCGGUUCCCUUGUGUAUUUACCCGUCGUAGAUGUAAGAUUUUGAGAUUCCAAAUCUUGGUUUUUUGGUGUUGACAUAUAU